AUGAAUAAAAUCGAACUUGAUGAAACAUUGAUAGUAAACGCCCUAUUUUCCGAUGUUAUCAAGGCUAUCUCUGAUAAAUUUAAAACAUUCAAAGGACAAAUUAAAAUAGAUGGAGAGAUAGUCGAGGAAGGGAAUCACAGACAAUACAUGUCACUCCUCGGUUUCAAUGCCAAAACUUUUCACAAUAUCUUUUCAAAUAUGGACAAAAAAUCCGAUGCUUCCGAUUGGUAUUUUACAGGAAAAAUAAUUUUAAUGAAAGACAAUUUCCAAGAAAUCAAAAGAUCGAGAGUUGGUAGAGGAGGAACUGAUCUACUUAAAAAGAUAAAUGAAUACGAAGGCGAAAAUUGUUACAUACCUACAGAUGGUCACUGUUUUAUCAAAUGCGUCAUUCGUGUUUUGAACAAAGAUUUAACGUGUAAAUUUCAAGAAUACAUCAACGGGUUUUCAAAAGCAAAUAGAAAAGGAGUGAUGACUUGUGCUAGAAUGAAUGAAUUCAACAAGAAAUUUAACACUUCGUUUCAAAUUUAUAAUCCCAAAAACAGACAUUUUCACCCCAGAGACGUUCACGAUGAAUUAGAUUGGGUUUUGUACUUACACAACUCGCAUUUCUGUUUGAUUAGAAGAAGCCAAGAAAGUUUGGGAAUUCAAGAAAUAGAAGACAAUUACGAACAGGUGUGGAAAACGUGUAGAGACGACAACGCAGUAACACAGGUUUCACCUUUCGCUUGGGAUUGCGAAACGUAUUCAGAAAAAGACACGCGAAGAGCAAUUCCUUAUGCCUGCACUUUAAUUAAUUUAGAAAAACUAAGGAAAAUGUUAAACAGAAUAAAUAAUCUCUUUCCAGAUUUAAAGCCGUCAGAUCCCAUUCCAGAAGAAUUUUAUGAUAAACUAAUGAAUGUAGUAGAAAUAUUUGUAGGUACAGAUUGCAUCGAUCAAAUGUUGAAAUAUUUAGGUCAAUAUGAUAGAAAGAGAUUAAUAUUAAUUUCUCAUAACGGCAGUGGAUUCGACAACGGGAUCGUGCUUAAAAAUGCAAAAAAACUAACGCAUUGCCCUUUAAAAACACCCAGGGGAAUUCUAUCUUUUCCUUUAUCUAAUCCAUACACGGAUGAAGAUUUACAGAAAAAAUGGAAAAGACAGAAAGAAAUAACGGGUAAUUAUUUACAACAUAUUAAUUUCACGUGUUCCUACCAACACGAAUCCUCUAGUUUGGCUGCAUGGGGAAAUUCUUCCAAUCUUCCCGCGAAUUUGAGAAAGAUUGCCGACGUAGAUAUCGCUAAAUACACGCGAGACAACUGGGAGGAAUUGAGACACGAAUGGGAACCUUACGCCAAGAGAGACACUCUCUGUUUGGGAGCUUGUUUGAUAAAAUACAACCAAGUCACGAAAGAAGUUGUAAACCAGAAUAUGUCUAAUAAUCUAACGGCUCCAUCUUUAUCUUUAAAGGGUUGGUAUUAUUUAUAUCAUUACGAUAAAGAAAUGGUGGAAGAAGAAUGGUAUGAAACUACUAGAAUGGUUGCGAAACAUACCGAAAAAGAAAAUAUAGAAAAAGUUUAUUCGCACACAAAUCCUUUUAUAAGAAAUUUUAUCAGACGAUCUAUUAAAGGAGGAAGUGUUUCGGCAAAUAGAAAAUCAUUUGAAACGAACAAAAUGGAUGAAAUUUGUAACGUAUUAAAGGAAUAA